AUGGACAUGGAAAAUGUAGCCACAUGGUUCACCAUAGCUAUGUUUUUAAUAACUCUAGUAGCCAUCAAGAUUGCGAGAGGGAAAACCAGUUCCCAUAUAUUGUCCACAAGAUCACGUCCACCUUCGGUUAAUGCAAUUGCUCUCUUAUAUUCACUUUUUAGGAAGGGUUUUGGGUUGCCUUUUGUCCAUGAUCUGUAUACAAGGUUUGGCAGUGUGUUUACAAUAAAUUUGUUUGGAGCAAAUAUAACGUUGCUCGUUGGACCGAAUAUCUCUGCCCAUUUGUUCCAAGGGCUGGAGUCAGAGAUUAGCAUUGGUAAUUUAAACGACUUAACCAUUCCUAUGUUUGGUCAAGAAGUUCUUUAUGGUGUAGAUACCGCAAUUCGCAGUGAACAAAUAAACUUCAUGGUUGAUGCACUAAAGCUAUCACAGUUGCGGAGCUUCAUUGAUCCUAUGUUUGAAGAAGUAGAGGCCUACUUUGUAAAGUGGGGACAGGAUGGCAUGGUUGAUCUUAAACAUGAGCUCGAUCAACUCCUUAUGUUUAUCUCAAGUCGGUGCCUGCUCGGAUAUGAGCUUCAUGCGAUGCACGAAGAAAUCUAUUCAUUGUUCCAUGAACUUGAAAAGGGCGUAAACAUUGUCAGCUUCUUCUUCCCAUAUUUUCCAACUCCAACAAACCGCCGACGUGACAAGGCACAUGCAAGACUGAAAGAAAUAUUCUCCACCAUUGUGAGGUCUCGCAGGUCAUUAUGCUCCAGCCAAGCCCAAGAGGAUGUACUACAAAGAUUGAUUGAUUCCAAGUAUAAGGAUGGUCGCUCUGUGACUGAAGAAGAGAUCUCUGGCAUGAUGAUUGCCCUCACUUUUGCUGCAAAACGCACUAGUGCUCACACUAGUAUAUGGACCGGAGCUCGCUUGCUAAGCAACACCGAGUCAUUAAUGGCUGCCCUUAAGGAGCAAAUGCAUAUCAUCAGCAAGUAUCAGAACCAAAUAGGAUAUGAUGCCUUUUUAGAGAUGGAUACCCUACAUAGAUGCAUCAAGGAGACACUUAGGAUGCACACACCAGCGCCAGUGUUAUUUCGGAAGGCACAUGAAACAUUCAGGGUGCAAACAAAGGAAGGCAAAGAAUAUGAUAUACCUGGAGGGCAUAAUGUUGUAAUUCCUACGGCACUCAACCAUAAGCUGCCAUGCAUUUACAAGGACCCUGAGGCAUACGAUCCGGAUCGGUUUGCUCUUGGAAGAGAGGAGGACAAAGUUGGUGGAAAGUACUCUUUCACAUCUUUCGGUGGUGGAAGGCAUUUUUGCCCCGGAAUGUCCUUUGCUUACCUACAAAUUAAAGUUAUAUGGAGUCAUCUGCUGAGAAACUUUGAGUCCAAGAUAAUAUCUCCAUUCCCCAAGACAGACUGGAGGAACUUAGGUGGAGAGCCCAAAGGGAAACUAAUGAUAAGUUAUAAGAGACGUCAGCUGACGUGUUAG